AGCAAUGAUAGUGGUGCGCGGCAUCUCUUGUCCUGAUUUUGAGGAACCGCUGAAGUUUUGGGGGCUGCGAUGUUCAGUUCGUCGGCCGAGAAUCUACUCAUAAAGGCCAGGAAUGUACAGGCCGAAGAGCUACAGAAAUUCUGCAGUCGCCUUUCCACUUUCCUGCAGAACAAGGAAUAUAAUAAUGAAGCCAUUGAUUCUCUUCAGAAGCUAUUCUUGAUCAUCUCUGCUACAAAAUACAGUAAAAUUCUUUCCAAAGAUUUUCUUCAAAAACUCCACAACACUUUGUGUUUCAUGAAGGCUCCACAGCCAGUUCUUGUCCUUUGCUCAGCUAUUCUGCGAGAGGCAUUCCCAUGUAAUGCUUUGACUUUAUCCUGUGAGGAAAUAAAUGACCUGAAGACCAUGAACCUUGUAUCGGGUAUAAUGCUGGCCCAGGGGGUUAAAAGUGGAGAGAUUGAGGCUCUUUGCAAUCGUAUUCUGAAGCUGCUGGAUUCCCGCCAAGCUGAGGGUCAGGGUACACGGCAUCUCAUACCCAUUCUAUCUAAAGUCCUUAACCUUGCAGUUCUCAAUGAAGAACAGAUAAAUGCUAUUAGUAAGAAGCUAGUUGAUUGGCUGCGGUACGCAGGUACAGUACAGGGAGUCCCCCAUUCUUCUGGAGGAUUUUUUAGUCCAAGAUCACGUCAGCCUGCUUCUAUUUUAGAAGUGGAUGGGGCAGUAGCAGGUGACUUCUUCACAGUACUUUCCAUUGGCCAACAUUACACUGAGGACCAGUGGCUGAACAUGCAUUCUUUCUCCAUGAUCAGAAGAUGGCUGCAGUGGUCUGGGGCAAGUGGAGUCAAUAGCAAUGAUCCAGAUCUCUUUGACAGGAUUCCCAAAGGAACAGGUGAAAAUAAGAAAGAUGAAGGGCACGUUAUCCCUUUUGAUGACAAAUCUGAGUUAGACAGCUCCAUAAUGUCAAUGGUUUCUGCUUCCUCAACAUCAAGUCGGCUAAUGCCCCCUAAAGAACGUCUACGGGAGAAAACUUUUGAAUAUUGCAAUCGACUAAUCGAACAGAGUGAUAGAAAAGCUCUAAAGAAGUCUGACUCAGAACUUCAGAAAGCUUGUCUGAUUGAAGCAGUGACUCUGAUGGACCUUAUCUGUCAACAUGAUGCACUGUUUGUGUAUCGAGCCUUUCCAGUGGUAAAAGCGCUGUACAGCAGAAUCAGUACAGACUCCGGUUUUGCCAGAGUGCUGCUUCCAGUUGCUCAGUUUUAUCUAAAUCACAGUGAGCUGGCAGCUGUGGACUCUGAAGCUGUUUACAAGCAAUUAUUCACCAAGGUUCCUUCAGAACUGUAUCAAGACUCUAUGUUGGCCUAUGAAUUUGUUAAAUUUUGCAGAGAAAAUGCAAAGACACUCAGAGAAAGUGUUGCCAUUUUUCACAAAAGCUUUCCAAAUCUACUGAAGUUCUUAGCUUGGAAUGCAUCAGCUUUAUUCCCUGAGUUCACUGAGUUACUGCCGGAUCUGAUUCAUCCAGACUCAUCGAUUGAGAUGCUCCAUUCACUGCUUGAUCUGCCCUGCUUGACUGCAACACUUGAAGCCCAGCUCAGGUCAAGCUCUCAAGUGACUGAGAAGGUAAUAGCUGAUCAGAAUAGGAAGGUCUUAAACACUGUAGAAGCAUUCCACAAUCCACACUACAGGAGCAUGUUUUUUUACAUCCUCCGUGUAGAGACAGGAGCAGGGGAUACUAUUGACAGAUUAAAUCAGCUUCACGAAGUGCUUUUGGACAUGGCUAAGCGACCUAGAGUUGUACAGUGUGCUCAGACUGUUCCCAUUCUAUUGCAGGUUUACUUCAAAGUUGUUACUCAGUUUGCAGAUGGGCCACUGAUUAACCAAUUAGUUCUAGUCAUCCUGGAGCGGAGCAGUCUUCUGUAUAACAUCCCUGAUUUCAAGGCAGAAGUUCAACGUGUAUUCAGUUCCCAGCUGAUGGUCUUAUGUAAGCUGUAUCCAACUGUCAUUGUAGAACAAUCCAAAGAGCUGCUAGAAUUCUGUGGAACAGUCAGCAAUAUCAGUAAUAAAGAGGACUUCUUCAUUCAUGUGGUUUGGGCAAUAGGAGAGUAUUUGUCUUUGUCUUAUGAUAGACGCUGUACAGUUGAACAAAUCACCAACUUCUUUGAAACUCUGGAAGCUUUGCUUUUCGAGAUCAUACAACUGCAAGCAUCUGCCAGCAUCCCCAAGUGCUCACCACGAGUCAUCACAGUUCUCAUGACAACAUUGGCAAAAUUAGCAUCUCGGAGCCAAGACUUGAUUCCAAGGGUCUCUCUGUUCCUGUCCAAGAUGAGGCCAUUUGUUCGGAGUGCUUUGAUUUCCUCCUUGUACAGUGAGGAUGAUAUUCAGGAAAUCCUGGCCCGUGCCAGUGAACUUAAUAAUCUGCUGAAAGCUCCAAAUGUAGCUCAACUCAUACUAGGACCUUCUGCAGACAUUGCCAGCCCAAGAUGGUACAAAGAUACAAAUGCUUCACUGCCACUCACCAUGAGGACUAUCAGCAAGAUGCUACAGAGAGAGCCAGCGCCUGGAUUCCCUGUGUAGCACCUUCAGACAUUGUGUCUGUUAGAGUUCCAAAAGUGACAUAAUGUGAAAUAAUUUCCCACUCAGGAUCAAUAAAGUACUUACUGUUA